AUGCUUGUCUCGAGAAAAGACAUCAAGCAACCCUUGAGCCCGUUACGAAUCAAGAAGCGUCUAUCCAGGUUUCUAGGGAAGGGACUGACGGCGAGCUCUGCUGCAUCGCCCAACUCAAACGCAGAAAUAUUUCAUGAAGAAAAUUCUGUGGUUACUCUUACUACAUUGCCCACACUGCCCCUUAGCGUAGCUAUUAGCAGCUCCAGAGACAGUGUUGCCUCAUCUGUCAAUUUACCUAGCAAAAAUGACGACAAUGAUAUCAUUUCCAAAAUAUGUAUUUGUUUGCAAGAUGUUUGUGUUUGUACUCCGUUAGAACCUGAACAACCACCACAGCCAGUGAAGCUCGAGCCUCUUGUAUGCAAAGACCAUACUUGUGUUUGCUUUAAUCAAAUCUGUAAAUGUGCUACUCCACUUUGUGUUUGUUGCACUAUUGAUGAAAAUGCACAAAAAGUCCAUGAUAAACCCUACUCUUAUAGGCCAUUUGUGUCUUUGGGUACAUUGAAUGAAGAAACAGAUGCAAAGGGCAUAUUAGCUGAAGAAACAGAUGCUAAAAAUGUUGAACCUUUGUCCUCACUUUUUGUGCCUUUUGAAGACAGAGCUUUUGGAUACUGCCUCGCUCAAAGAUAG